AUGGACGAAUUGCAGAAAGCGUACCGCAGCGCCGUAUCGCAGGCGCAGGAAACGACUGCAAAAAUAAGUUCUUUAGCAUCUUCAUUAGAGAAGACCAACUCAGCUUCUCCGUCUCCUUCUUCUUCGUCUGGAAUCGGGCCGCCGUCGUAUUCGCUGUCCGCCGACCAGUCGCGACUGUUGCUGGCCCGGCCGCCGAGAAACUUCGUAUCGCUAUGGACCUGCUCGAAGCUUUGCGCUGUUUUUUUCGUUGCUGGAAUAUUUGUCGGUUACACACUGAAGAAACGUGUACAUGAAAACCUCGGGGAAAGUUUUGAAAAAUUUGAAGAUAUAAGUAUUUCGGGUAUUGCAACUGCUCCCAAUCUUUUUUGUCUCUUCAUUGUGCCCAUUACUCGUAAUGCCCAUCCAACUUCUGAUCGUCCCCGCCUGCUGACCACCGCCUCCGCCGCCGUGUCUCCGCCGCCACGACCCGUGGAGCAUGAUAAUCUGAUGAGACGUGUGCAACAAGAACCCAAAGCCUGA